AUGACGGUUUCGUAUAAUUUGGCCGUUUCUUCUGUUGGCUCGCUGACGUGGGCACGGAUAUUGUUUCGAUGGAAGGGCUCUAUUUGGAAGUCGGUAUCCGGCGAACUCUUUACAUGGUUAGUACUCUAUUACAUGGUUAUGUUCUUCUACCGCAGCGACGUGUUUUUGACGGAGGAGCAGCAGAGGGAUUUCGAGGCGCUAUCGUUUUAUUUGAACAAGAAUACGGAUCGACUGCCGUUGACAUUUAUGCUCGGGUUUUUCGUGACGCUGGUGGUGGAUCGGUGGCGACAAGUGUUCAACAAUAUGGGAUGGGUUGAGAACCAAGCCCUGACGAUCUCGGUGUUGAUCAGGGGCAACGAUCACGACACGAUAAUCGCCAGGAGGUCCAUUGUGCGGUAUAUCUGCUUGACACAGGUGUUGGUGUUCCGCGACAUCUCGAUGCGGGUCCGCCGUCGUUUUCCCACGAUGAAUUCGAUCAUCGAGGCUGGCUUCCUCCAGGAGCACGAGCUGGUGAUGCUCGACAGCAUCGACAUGCCGUACAAUAAAUAUUGGGCCCCGAUCAACUGGGCCAUGGGGAUCGUCUACAAGAUGAGGGAGGAGAAUAAGAUCACUUCAGAGCCGAGUCUUCAGAAUGUCAUUAAUGAAAUCAAAGCCUUCCGCUCGAGCCUUCAACUUCUCAGCAAUUUCGAUUGGGUCCCGAUUCCAUUGGCAUAUCCUCAGGUGGUCUUCUUUGCCGUCCGAGUUUAUUUCUACUUAUGUCUCGUUGGACGUCAAUUCCGGAUCAUCGAUGAUUCUGAUCUGCGAUCGCCGAUUGACAUGUACUUCCCGGUAACCACCGCCCUCCAGUUCAUCUGCUUGAUCGGUUGGAUGAAGGUGGCCGAGUCGCUUCUAAACCCGAUGGGCGAGGAUGAUGAUGAUUUUGAGUGCAACUAUCUGAUUGAUAAAAAUAUUGCGACCGGUAUGGCCAUCGUCGACGGAGAAUGUAACUCGAUUCCGGAGUUAAAGAUGGAUAUUUUCAAGACUAACUGGCCACCAAAGCCCCCAGUCGACACUGGCGAGCUGGUCGGCUCCGUGUCGCAAGUUGUAUUACCGGAAGCUGAACAUCGUCCCAGUGAUCGGCGAGUGUCCCAAAUCACCAAUGGAAGCGAGAUCGGCAACCAACCGUCCCUCAAUCGUCUGCAACGCCUGAAAAAUAGGUGUUCAGCAAAAAUUCGUCCAAAUUCCAGGGCCAACUCGAUUCAUGUCGACAAUAUGGAUAAACUCUCGCCGAUGCGGCUUGAACGGCUCGAUCCGGACGCUCUAUUCCAUGUCCGGUCUGACAAGGAGAUGCACGAGAUGCGGAAAAGUUGGUUCUUGCCCGACACCACCCCGGAUACGGUAUUGGAGGAAGAUGAGGAGCAGCUAACCGUGAAUAGCUUAAAAGGAUUAAAGGGUGGCGCGCGAAGUGCUGACGCAAUACUUCACGAAGAUCCGUUCGUGAAGUGCGUCAAGUUGGAGAGAAUUUUCGACAAGUACAAGGAUGAGGAGCCGGCGAAAGAAGCUUCAAAGCCCCCAGAAGACACCGGAAGCCCAGAUCGGCCGGCACCGAUUCAAAAUCCGCUUGGAGCCAGCACAGACUCCGAACUACAACCGAAUCAAACAUGCAAUUCACAGCUUUAUAACAGACGGGGAAUGAAUGGUUUA